GUACUGCUCGCGGAGGCCCCUCAGGUACUCCCCAUCCUGCCCGCGGGGCCCCUCAGGUCAACCUGUCCUGCACACGGGCCCCUCAGUUACGCCCCUUACUGCCCACUGGGAUCUACAGUCCCUCCGUAACAAAAUGGUUCAACAAGUUCCAGAAAACAUCAAUUUUCCUGCUGAAGAAGAGAAAAUCUUGCAGUUUUGGUCCGACUUUAAUUGUUUUCAGGAAUGCUUAAAGCAAUCAAAACAUAGGCCAAAAUUUACCUUCUAUGAUGGGCCUCCUUUUGCAACUGGACUGCCUCACUAUGGACAUAUACUUGCAGGGACAAUUAAAGAUAUAGUUACAAGAUAUGCUCACCAGAGUGGGCUUCACGUUGACAGAAGAUUUGGAUGGGAUUGUCAUGGUUUACCUGUGGAAUAUGAAAUUGAUAAGACACUGGGAAUCAGAGGACCAGAGGAUGUAGCCAGAUUGGGGAUUGCAGAAUAUAACAGUCAGUGCCGAGCCAUUGUGAUGCGAUAUUCUACUGAGUGGAAGUCUACUAUUACCAGACUUGGCCGAUGGAUUGACUUUGACAAUGACUACAAAACUCUCUAUCCACAAUUCAUGGAAUCUGUCUGGUGGGUCUUCAAACAGCUCUAUGAUAAAGGCCUUGUUUAUAGAGGAGUGAAAGUCAUGCCCUUUUCCACUGCAUGCAAUACUCCACUUUCCAACUUUGAAUCUCACCAGAAUUACAGGGAUGUUCAAGAUCCUUCAAUAUUUGUAACUUUCCCUUUGGAGGAAGAUGAAAGUAUAUCUUUGGUUGCCUGGACAACUACUCCCUGGACUCUACCUAGUAACCUUGCCCUGUGUGUUAAUCCAGAUAUGCAGUAUGUGAAGAUUAAAGAUGCUGUCAGAGGAAAAUUAUACAUUUUAAUGGAAGCCAGAUUAUCAGCCCUCUAUAAAUUGGAGAGUGACUAUGAGAUCCUUGAAAGAUUGCCUGGUGCCUAUCUCAAAGGCAAGAAAUACAGACCGCUGUUUGACUAUUUUAUAAAGUGUAAAGAGAAUGGUGCUUUUACUGUGCUUGUUGACAACUAUGUGAAGGAGGAAGAAGGCACUGGGGUUGUACACCAAGCUCCUUACUUUGGUGCUGAUGACUAUCGGGUCUGUAUGGAUUUCAAUAUCAUUCAGAAAGACUCUGUCCCUGUUUGCCCUGUGGAUGCUUCAGGCUGUUUCACAGGGGAAGUGGCAGAUUUUGCAGGACAGUAUGUGAAGGAUGCUGACAAAAAUAUUAUCAGGACCCUAAAGGAACAAGGUCGACUUCUUGCUGCCAGCACCUUUACCCACAGCUACCCUUUCUGCUGGAGGUCAGACACUCCCCUCAUUUACAAAGCAGUGCCUAGCUGGUUCGUUCGGGUGGAGCAUAUGGUAGACCAGCUGCUGAGGAACAAUGACCUAUGUUACUGGGUCCCAGAGUUUGUGCGAGAAAAGCGAUUUGGAAAUUGGCUGAAAGAUGCACGUGACUGGGCAAUUUCCAGAAACAGAUACUGGGGCACUCCUAUCCCACUGUGGGUCAGCGAUGACUUCGAGGAGGUGGUGUGUGUUGGGUCAAUGACAGAACUGGAAGAACUGUCAGGAGCAAAGAUCUCAGAUCUCCACAGAGAGAGCAUUGACCAUCUGACCAUUCCUUCACGCUGUGGGAAGGGAUUGUUGCAUCGCAUCUCUGAAGUGUUUGACUGUUGGUUCGAGAGUGGCAGCAUGCCCUAUGCUCAAAUUCAUUAUCCAUUUGAAAACAAGAGGGAGUUUGAGGAUGCAUUUCCUGCAGAUUUCAUUGCUGAAGGCAUUGACCAAACCAGAGGAUGGUUUUACACCCUGUUGGUGCUGGCCACAGCUCUCUUUGGACGGCCGCCAUUCAAAAAUGUGAUUGUGAAUGGGCUCGUCCUGGCAAGUGAUGGCCAAAAAAUGAGCAAACGCAAAAAGAAUUAUCCAGAUCCACUUUCAGUCAUUCAAAAAUAUGGUGCUGAUGCCCUCAGAUUAUACCUGAUUAACUCCCCUGUGGUGAGAGCAGAAAACCUCCGCUUUAAGGAGGAGGGUGUUCGAGAUGUCCUGAAGGAUGUGCUGCUACCUUGGUACAAUGCCUAUCGCUUCUUCAUCCAGAACGUCCUGAGGCUACAGAAGGAGGAAGAAAUGGAAUUCCUUUACAACGAGAACAUGGUUAAAGAAAGUACCAACAUCACAGACCGGUGGGUCCUGUCCUUUAUGCAGUCGCUCGUUGGGUUCUUUGAGACUGAAAUGGCAGCUUACAGACUCUAUACUGUGGUUCCUCGCCUAGUCAAGUUUGUGGAUGUUCUGACUAAUUGGUAUGUCAGGAUGAACCGUAGAAGAUUAAAGGGUGAAAAUGGGAUAGAGGAUUGUGUUAUGGCUCUGGAGACCUUGUUUAGUGUUCUGCUUUCUCUGUGCAGACUUAUGGCCCCCUAUACCCCUUUUCUUACUGAAUUGAUGUACCAGAAUCUGAAGACACUGAUUGACCCUGUUUCUGUCCGGGACAAGGACACAUUCAGUAUCCACUACCUCAUGCUGCCCCAUGUUCGAGAGGAAUUGAUUGACAAGAAAACCGAGAGUGCAGUAUCUAGAAUGCAGUCUGUGAUUGAACUCGGGCGAGUGAUUCGAGACCGCAAAACUAUUCCAAUAAAGUAUCCUUUGAAAGAAAUUGUAGUUAUUCAUCAGGAUCCAGAAGCUCUUAAUGAAAUUAAGUCAUUGGAGAAGUAUAUCAUUGAGGAAUUGAAUGUUAGAAAAGUUACAUUAUCUACAGAUAAAAACAAGUAUGGCAUUCGCCUAAGGGCAGAACCAGAUCACAUGGUCCUGGGGAAGCGUCUGAAGGGAGCCUUCAAGAUGGUGAUGACAUCCAUCAAGCAGCUGAGCAGUGAGGAGCUAGAGCAGUUCCAGGAGAGUGGGACCAUUGUUGUGGAAGGCCAUGAAUUGCAUGAAGAAGAUAUCCGCCUCAUGUACACCUUUGAUCAGGCAACAGGUGGAACGACACAGUUUGAAGCACACUCAGAUGCUCAGGCUUUGGUUCUCUUAGACGUCACCCCUGACCAGUCAAUGGUGGAUGAAGGAGUGGCUCGGGAAGUCAUCAAUCGUAUCCAGAAACUUCGAAAAAAGUGCAAUCUGGUUCCAACUGAUGAAAUAACAGUUUAUUAUAAAGCAAAAUCUGAAGGAAAGUAUCUGAAUAAUGUUAUCAAAAGCCACACAGAGUUCAUAUUUGCCACCAUAAAGUCUCCUUUAAAACCAUAUCCAGUUCCUACAUCAGAUGAAAUCCUUAUUCAAGAAAAAAUGCAGUUAAAAGGGUCAGACCUGGAAAUUACACUCACCAGAGGAUCUUCCAUGCCUGGCCCUGCUUGUGCAUAUGUCAAUCUUAACAUUUGUACAGAUGGCAGUGAACAAGGUGGAGUACUACUUCUGGAAAAUCCAAAAGGAGAUAAUAGGUUGGACCUUCUAAAGCUGAAGAGUGUUGUUACUAGCGUUUUUGGUGUAAAAAAUAGAGAGCUGGCUGUCUUCCAUGGUGAAACAGAAAUAAAAAAGCAAACCAACUUACUGAGUCUUAGUGGAAAAACACUUUGUGUGGCUGCAGGAUCAACUCCCUCUAUGGUCAACAGUCCUAGUACUCUUCUCUGUCAGUAUAUCAACCUACAGCUCUUGAAUGCAGACCCACAAGAGUGUUUAAUGGGAACAGUAGGCACUCUCCUGCUUGAAAAUCCACUUGGGCAGAAUGGGCUGACCCACCAAGGUCUUCUGUAUGAAACAGCCAAGGUGUUUGGCCUUCGGAGCAGGAAGCUAAAACUGUUUUUGAAUGAGGCUCAAACAGAAGAAAUUACAGAAGAAAUCCCCAUGAAGACUUUGAACACGAAGACUGUGUAUGUUUCUGUAUUGCCGACUACAGCAGACUUCUAACAUUCAGUUAUCUGUGUGGUUCAGUCAACCUUUCCCUGGCAUAUACCUCUACUCCCCUCCCCCCAACCCCGGACACACACACGGA